AUUAACUUUUAUUUUAGUGACAUGGUCAUAUGUUUUUGUUUGCUAAAGUUAGAAAAUUCUUUAUGUGUGUGAGAGAGAGAGAGAGAGAGAGAGCUUUAAACAUGUUGCGGGGUUGGAGUGAAUGAAUAGAGAGUCAUUGUAAAGACAUAUGUGGUAGAAGAAGAAGCAUAAUAGUCUGGUGGUAAUGGCUUUCACAAUGGAGAGGUGUGAAGAGAUGGUGUUCUCAGUGGAGUCUCAAAAGACAGUGCCAGCGCCAUUUCUGACAAAGACAUACCAACUGGUUGAUGACCCUCGCACUGAUCACAUUGUGUCUUGGGGUGAAGAUGAAACCACCUUUGUUGUGUGGAGGCCUCCUGAGUUUGCUAGAGAUCUCCUACCAAACUACUUCAAGCACAACAACUUUUCAAGCUUUGUUAGGCAGCUUAAUACCUAUGGUUUUAAAAAGAUUGUUUCAGACCGAUGGGAAUUUGCAAACGAGUACUUCAGAAAAGGUGCAAAGCACUUAUUAUCCGAGAUCCACAGAAGGAAAACCCCUCAGCACCAUCACCAACAGUACUACCAUGACCAACCACACCAAUUUUUCCAACCAGAUGAUAAUGCAGCUUGGUUUGACUCUCCAUUGCCAUCUCCAAAACCCAAUACCGAUAUCCUUACGGCUCUCACAGAAGAUAAUCAGCGACUGAGGAGAAAAAACUUCAUGCUAUUGUCAGAACUAGCUCACAUGAAGAAUCUCUACAAUGACAUUAUCUACUUCAUUCAAAACCAUGUAAAACCUGUAUCUUUUGACCAAAGAAACAGUCAUGCUAUUCCCAAGCUCAUAGAGUUGGAUUCUUUAUGUGAGGCUCAAAAUGUUGUGGGUGUUCAUGGGGCUAAAGGCUGCAACUUGGGUAAUAAGUCUUUGGUGACUUCAACUGAGGAUACAAACAGUACUGUCAAGCUGUUUGGAGUCCCUCUUAGUGGCAAGAAGAGAUUGCAUUCUGAAGAAUUGAAAUUUGGGGUCUCUAAUGUUUAAACUGUUGGUAGGCUCCAGUUGUUUUGGCUGAGAUUUAUUAGCAAAAAUGUUAUGUACAGUUGAGAGCUCAAGUUCAGCUGAGCUAAUUAAGCUACUUCAUGAUUCAGUAGCAAUUCUUGGAAUGAGCAAGUUUGGCUUUUCCUCUA